UUUCAACCUCACCUCACCUCCAUCAUUCAGGAAAUAUUCUGCUCAACACAACUUGUUCUUCCGUCUCUAUACCUAUGCUCGGGAAUUGGCAUAUUAAAGGUUUUCACCAAAGCUACUAACACCAAGAAGAUUAUUAAGCAAUAGAAUACUAUUUGUUUAAGAGAAAGGCUGCGGCUCUUUUGUCAGAUACUGACUGAGCUCUCAUUUCUGGCGGUGAUCCAUUGACAGGAGACCUGUUACCCCAUUCGCGAGUGGUCACUUUCUGAGCUAUGCUCUGUUGAUAAUGGCUUCGUCUACCACUUCGGCCGUUUCGACUGUUUCAAAUGGCCGUCUAAACUCUAGUAAUAAUAGCAACUUGGAUCCCCAAAAAGAUGCAGCUAAAUACCCCCCUGCUCGGCCACGGCGGCCCAAUUAUAAACAUAUCCAUCGUUUCCCUCUUCCUCUCCAUGUCUACCCGUUACCACCUUUAAUCCCCCACAAUCCCCUCUCUCUAAUUAGCAUAGCUCUAUCGUAUCUCACAUACUUGAUCUCUCCUCCUCACCAGCACAUCUACACCGCGUACUUUGAUCCAUCAACGUCUUCAAUCCAUGUCACUGACGCGAGAGCGAUACGUACGCUGUGGGAGAUGGGAUUCUUCGGGAAAGGUAGCCUGAGUAGGAGUGAGCCAAGUUGGUUAGACCGAGAGAAAAAUAGAAGAGGAUUGACCGGCGAUGCUACAAGUGAGGAGGUUACAGGGAAGAGAAGAUUAGAACGCCGGGAACGCAAACUUGAGCGAGCCAGGAAGGAAAAAGAGGCUAUUGCGGAACAGCUGAAAGCGGAAGCACAAUUGCGGGAUGCUCGUGGUGACUUUCAAUCUAGUGAACUUGAUAAAACGUUUACUGCCCUAGAAAGCCCCGUUCAUGACGCAGCUGUUGCUCAACUGGACGACAAGCCCCGAGACACUCACGGCCAAGAGUCCACAGUUACAGCAAAUAAUUCCUCCAUCUCCAAGCAAGAUAUGACCAAUGGGCAUGUUGGAAGUGUACGUUCGAAUGGCGGUAAGACUGUACGCUUCUCACCGGUGGUCGAACAAAAGUGCUAUGAUGCUCAAGCUACUAUACCAUGGUUACCUGAACCUUCAAUCCCGUCUACAGACAAAAAUGAGCACACAGUAGUACUCAAAAAUGAAGAACAUCUGCAAUUAUCGAACGAAGAAGCUCUCUUUCUCGUCUAUGGUCUAGGUGUUCUACAAGUGUAUAACAGUGACCGCACAUCGAUCCUCUCUGCAUCUUCCCUUCUAACUGGCUUCCGCCAACAUUCCUACUUCCCGCCACGAGAGUCAUCUGCUCCUGCCCAACCAGAUGAUCCAUUUAUGUUAUCUUAUGUCGUAUACCAUCAUUUCCGCUCCCUUGGCUGGGUUAUCCGCUCCGGUGUAAAAUUCGGUGUCGAUUACCUCCUCUACAACCGCGGGCCGGUAUUCUCCCAUGCCGAGUUCGCAGUUUGUUUGCUCCCCGCCUACUCCGAUCCUUACUGGACAGCGACUGAAGAAAGACGACAAAAGACUGCGAAGAAAGAGGGCCGAACUUGGUGGUGGCUGCACUGUGUGAACAGAGUCCAAGCCCAGGUCAAGAAGAGUUUGGUCCUAUGUUAUGUAGAAGUGCCACCUCCUCACACCCAGCCUCCACCUACCGAUGCCACUGGGGAGGGUGGUGAAUUGGAUAUUGGUACGCUGCUGAGAACGUACAAGGUCCGUGAAAUGACCAUUAAACGAUGGGUGCCAAAUCGAAGUCGCGAUUGAAGACGACUUUAUGGUUUCUCAUUUCUCAUUGAUAUGUAUGUGAAGGAUAUGGGUUAAUUUUGACCUAGGCGUUUUGAAACUUUGCUGCAAUGUUAGCAUGCUAAUUUGAAAGCUUUGCAUGAUGUCGGUCCAAGCUAACGCGUAUGGAUAUAUACCUGUAUAAAACAACUAAAAUAUAACGAGUGAAUGAACCUGACAUGUUAGCAAUCUUUGCAAUAUGGAGAAGGUCGGGC